GAAGAGUUACCUGAAAUUACCGAUGAACUCCAGGAGAAUAGAAGCAGAAGCAGAGGCAGAGGAGUGAAGCUUCUGAUUUUUACCCCUUAUAAGUGCAACAAGAAAUGGGUUGUCGCAUUGAACCCUCUUCCCCACUGUGGUUCUGGUUCUCAAGCUGAUGGUGAUGCAUCCUGUGAUAUAUGCAAAAGGAGACUCAAUGAUCCCACUCAAUAUCGCUAUUGCUCUGUCGCUUGUAAGGUGGAGGCACUUUCGAGUGAUGCAGAAGAGGAAGGCAAAGAAGUUGGUGAGCCAGGGAAGCGAAAGCACAGAAGGAAGGGAGUACCUCAGAGGGCUGCUUUGUUCUAG